AUGGGAACGCUUGCAACUCCACACUUCUUUCGUAGUUUCGCCUCUCCCCACCACCGCCCAAUCCCCUUUUCCUCGACUACUUCCUUACACUUCAUCUCCCUAAUCAUGGACUCGCUCACCCACGAAUCCACCGCUUCCGGCGCAAGCAGCUCCGCCACCACCGCCACCGCCAACGCCACAUCUUCAUCCUCACCCAACAGCGCACAACUCAUGCUCGCCCUCUCCCAAAUACAACAGCUCAUCCCGCUACUCGACUAUCGUCCGGGCGGUCUCACCCACCUGCUACCUACCCUUCUGACGCCACUCCUACCUUCUUCGGACGCACAGGCGGAAAGCAUGCAACGCUACCGUGCGAACGUCGAUCAUGCGUUUCGCGUUGCAGCCGAGCUGGUGGGGAGGGUGGAGGACGGUGGUUCGGUGGGGAACGCGUUGCAGCUGUCGGAGCGGCUGAUGCACGAGGGGGACGAGAAGAAGAGGUUGUUGAGGGUGAGGAAGAAAAGGAGGUUGUUUGUGGAGCAGGAGAAGCUGUUGGAGGUGGGAAGCUGGGGACCAGCGGUGCCGAUCAGAGCUGCUGUGGUGGGAAAGAAGGACGAGGCGGUGGAGAGCAAUGUAGCAGAGGAUGCUGGGCAGCAGUCGGUAGAGAUGACCGCCUUCCUUCCAUCUCAAAAUCCGACCAACACAAGACUCACAACAAAGCAACAGAACCUCGAACCACCAACAUCACCCCAAGCACUACAUAGUUACCUCGCAGCUUUGCACAGCUAUCUCUCCGUCGCCGUGGAAAAAGGCCUGGCUCCACCGACAAUACCGCUCAAACACGUCAAGGCUCGCAUCACGGCUUUUUCGGCGGAAUCGUUCACGUUGGAAGUGCAGAUCGCCCGAGCGGUGAAAGCCUGCAUCGAAGCCAGCGUCAUCUACGCUCCCACGCAAGCAUCCGAUGCGAAGGGCGAGAGCCGCACACAACAGCCGCCGCUGAACAGCGUCUCCCUCGCGAGCCUCACCGUCGGCGCUGUCAACGAGUCCAUUGUAAGCACCCCUCCCCUUCCCUCCCACCUCACACGCAAAACUUUCCUCACUAACAUACGUUGUUCACGUUUCAUCCCGACGGAAAACGUAAGACAUCGACCACACCGAGCGCAUAUCCGAUCUUCCGUUCGCUGUCCGCCGACAUCCUCAGCCAAACGCAUCGCGCCGUGGCAGCUUCGUCGCUCAGAGGCGAGGUGA